AUGUCGACACAGUCGACUAGUCAGUCGACUGAAACGUGGCUCCUGGCUAAGUUCAACAAGCUAAUUGCGAAGGGUCUGGUCAUCUUUGACGAAAAUUAUCGUACAGUGAUGUGCACAGACCAGGAACUUACUUUCGAGUUCCGCAUCCUCAACAGCCACGCCAAAAAACCACUAGCCCCUGUCAACCCCCAGCAACACGCCGCUGCUCAACACCAGGGAUGCCGGCCCGGCAGCGACAUCGACGUGACCGGUUACGACGUGGCUUCCAUUGGGGAUACUCACUUUCUCACCAUCAACAAAUUCCCCUCUGUUAGGCCGCAUUACCUCAUUCUCACAAAGAACGGCUUCCGGAGACAAUUCGAGCCACUGGACUUCGACGACAUCACGGCCGUGGGCCGGGUGAUUUCCUCUUUCACAACGCGCCAUCUCGCCAUCUUCAACUGCGGAAUUAAGGGGGGCUGUAGCCGCUUGCAUAAGCACAUGCAGGUAUUUGCAGCGCCGGAGAAGUUCCAGCUAUGGCCUGAUGGCGAAGUGCAUAAGCUCCCGUUCAAGGUGUUCAAGCGCCAGUUUCGAAACGGAUUGCCCCCAGCGCAGGAGCUGUUGACAGCGUAUCAGGAGCUUCUGCGAGAGGCUGCACGGGCGCUGCGCAUUAAUCCGCCUGCGGAAGGGCAGCCUGCCGUUCCCCAUAACGUGGUGCUGGAUAAAAAAUGGAUAGUGGUGAUUCCGCGACGGAGUGAUAAGUGGGAGGGUGUAAUUGCGAACGCAGCGAACGCAGCGGGCAUGCUAGGGAUGGUGUGGGUAGGGAGCGACAAGGAGGUGAAUAACUGGUUGGAGCGCGGCCCAACGACGGUGCUCACUCAUCUAGGAGUGCCAAAUAAGUUGAGUAAGGGUAGAUUCAAACCCAAAGACUAG